UCACAGGUCCCGUCCGAGGAGGUACCCUACCGGCGGUACCGGUCCACUGUUGACAUGGAUAGUCGACUGCGACUUCGACCGUCGAAAGCGCGUUGUGUUCCGCAACAGUGCCUCUGAAAAUGAAUGAGUGAUUGAGUGUCUCUCUUACAGUUGAGUCGCUGGAAUGGAUCACAAGAAGAUGCGCAGCUGGUUGGACAUUGAUGACUCUACUAUGAACUCGUGACAAGUAAUAUUGCAGAGUCCAUUAUGAAAGGGAUGCUUGGUGGAGGAGCAAGCCCUAGUGUGAUUGGGCUUUCUCUGUCAUGCCGACAGAUGCAGUUUAUGGUUGUGGUAGCUUUUGUACUCGUCUUUGGAGCUGUACUGACAGCUCUGAAUGUUUAUGAACUUCACAGACUUACCGAGGAGCAUUGGAACAAACCACAUGUUGCAGGAGAAGCAGUUACUAAAGCUGAGGAUACCAGUCGCGCAAAACCUGUGGCGUGGAUCAGAGGAAAUAAAAAAAACACUGGAUACCUUAAGCAUGUGACCAGUGUUUUCAGUAGGCUAGGAUAUAGUCUAGCUAGUGAUGGUGAUGACUGGGAUGUCUUGUGGUCACACAACUAUCCUUUUAGAGAGCUGAAGGUUAUGAUGGUUAACCUAAAGCCCCACCAGAAGGUCAACCACUUUCCAGGAUCUGGUUAUAUAUCCAAUAAGGUGAAUUUAGCCAUUUCAGGUUUGCCUUAUGUUCCUAAAGCAUUCCGAAUGCCAGCUGAAAAGGACUCGUUACUGACUCAUGCCAAGAAAAAUCCAGAGAUGAUGUUUGUCCAAAAGUCUAAUAAUCACAGGGGCAUUAAGAUAGAAAAAUUAGACGCUUUGGAUCUUGGCAUUGAAGGAACUUUUGUCCAGGAAUUUAUUCACAAUCCAAUUCUUAUAGAUGGACACAAAUUUGAUAUUGGAGUUUAUACCAUUAUCACAUCUAUUGAACCUUUACGAGUUUAUGUAUUUGAAGGAGACGUACUUUUCAGAUUUUGCCCUGAGAAAUACCAUCCUUUUGAUCCAGAAAUUCGUGAUAAAUAUGUUGUUGGUGAUGAUUAUAUGCCAGUUUGGAAGGUACCCUCACUUGCCAAAUAUUACAAGGAAUUUGGGUUCGGGAUGAAAGGCUCAUUUGAUGCUUGGCUAAGGGCAGAAGAUAAAGAUCCAGAUGUUGUGUGGAAUGCUGUAAAAGAUGCCAUUCGUAAUGCAUUUUAUAGUAAGGAGUCAUCUCUGAUACAAGCAACUUCCCAUUAUCCGUCUCCAUCAAAUUUCUUUGAAAUGAUGCGCUUUGAUUUUGUCAUAGAUGAUCAGCUGAAAGUUCAUCUGAUGGAAGCUAAUAUGUCACCCAAUUUAUCUUCAUCUCAUUUUAAAGAAAAUAGAUUGUUGUAUGAGCAGGUGGUUUUUAACCUACUCACUUUAGUAGGAAUUGGUCGCAUUGUUCAUUCUAGUAAUUUGCUGCCUCAAUCUAAAGAUGAAGCAGAAAUGCAAGCAGCUUCUAAAGAUUUAGUUGUGUUUGCUGAUCACUGUGUCACAAGCUGUGUAGAUAUUAAAGCUUGUAACAAAGUUGAAUGUCAGUUGUGCCUUCCAUGCCUCUCGAAAGACCAGUUGUCCAUCUUAACCCAUGCAUACAUGGAACACAAGUACCGGGGGGAAUGUAGACGAGUUGUGCCCCAGCCUGUCAAUCCAGACCAUGCCUAUGAGCCAGCAAAUAUGAGCGGUCUAACUCCAGAAAACACAUUGCUGACUGAGUGGUUUCGAGGGAAGUGCCUCAUGGAUAAAACUUUCUGUUCAUAAAAGUAAGCUGUUUAAGUUUAUCAUUGAUGGACUUGUUUAGAUAUUACUAAAAGCACAUUUCAUUAUUAUUAUAUAGGUAUUCAGAUGAAUAAGUAUUUUUUUACAAAUAAUUUUGAUCAAGAAAAAAAAUCAUAAAAAAUAUAAUAUACAAGUUAUAUGUUUUGUACAUUGGGUGAAGUACUCUUGACCUAUUACCCUUCCCUCUUUGUGGUGAAAUGUUGAUUCAUUUUACUUGAUAAUAAAUUUGAUACAAUAAAUGUUGAUGCAUUUUACUCAGCAAUAAAUUUGAUACACAAAU